AUGGAAUAUAAAGAAAAGCCCGAGGGCCCCUUCUUUGUCUCCUUUUACGUGACCAACUUCACGGCAUCCGACGAUUUAGCGUCGUACAAAAUAAACGUAACAGAUUUCUAUGGAAACUGCUACGAGUCCAACCUCAUUGGAAAGAAUAAUUAUCGCCAGAUUAGCUUCCCCAGCAACUACAUCGAGAUAUGCGAAGAAACGGCCAUCGACGACAUCAUCCAGAGUUGCAUACAGGUGGACGUUUUCGCAAGAAAUAAUAACCCUGAGGGGGAGCCGAAGGAUAGGAAAAGUGAUGAUAGCGCUGACGAUAAGGGUGAUGAUAAAAACAGAAGUGUAAACAACGGCGGCGAUAACAGCACUGACGAUGGCCUGAGUAGCAGCUUUGUGCGCAUCGGGUCGGACCGCAUCAAGGCCUUCCCCUUUCUGCACGACCAGCUAAUCAUUACGAGAGAGGUCGUCGCGUCGUACAAGUGCGGAGAGCGAGAGGGGGAAGACCCCGCAAAUCAGGAUGACGCAGACCAAGCGGGUGAGCCGGGGGGUCCCGGCGAAAGGGGCGACAAGAGCGACAAAAGGAAAAAAAAAAAAAUUGCAGACAAGCAUGAAAAGAAAAAAAAGAAGAAGGAGAAAACAAAAAGUAACUCACGAAGGGACGAGAAAAAAUGGGAACACUCUCUCAAAGCCGAUAUUGACAUAAGUUUUCACAUCACACUGAAUAUAAAUUCCCUGGUGGGCCACUACAGCGGGAGGUCCUCGUACAACAUAAUGAGCGUGAAGGUUGAUGGGGUGUACAAUAUCCCCAAAGCGAUUGAUGACAAGAUGGCGAAGAAGAAUUCUCACACAUUUCAACUGAAGUUUUUGGACUUUUGCCUAAACGAUGGGGCUCUCGUGGAAGAUGAGCAAGACAAAUACAAAAUUGUGUGGAAAAAAAACAACCUGUACAAGUACAGAAAUAUAAAGGAAAUUGAAUAUAUUUACAACUUUCUGUUUUACGAAUCGUUUAACGUGAAUGCAUAUUUGCUGUGCGUCAACGAGGGGAAGAAGCAAAGGGACAACGCCGCCCCGAGCGUGAUGGACGCCCUCUGCGGAAGGUUCGAAGUCAACAUUUCGGACGUGAUAGCAAACACAGUUAUCAACGCCAAGUACCAACUGCACUCCAUGAAUUCACAAAAGGGGGAGGCGAAAAGUGGCCGGGAAAAUGAAGCCAACGAAGAAUCGUUUGUCUACGCAGGGGCUUACGUCCUACUGACCAUUCAGUUUUACAAGCCCUUUUUCAAGAGAGAGAAAGUGGAAUUCCCCCUGCGGAUUGUUAACGUGAAGGGAGGCGCUCCAGGGAGCGAUAAGAAGGAGAGCGAGUGCGUCGAGAAUGUGUUUAACAGGUCCAUCCUGGAGGGAAUCCAGUACGUCAACCUCCAAAUCGACAAGCUGAAGGAGGAGGAUCAAGUAAAGAUUUACAGAAAGUCCAAGGAGUACGUCUCCUUCCUGGACAGCUUGAGGGAAACGCCCACGUACCUCAACCUUUACAACAAUAUGAAGGAGGUCAUGAUCAAACUGGCGUACGAAAUUGUGCAGAAGAAGGUGUACAAAAAUUUUAACCUCCAUGAUGAGGUGACCUGUGAAGAGGAGGACAGUCAGGAGAAGGGGCAAACUACAGAGCAAACCACAGGACAAACCACAGAGAAAACCACAGAUCAGACAACAGAACCAACCGCGGAAAGAAACAUGAUGGGAAAGCCCCCCUGCGGAAAGAAAGCCAUAUCAGAGGAAAACGAAAACUGCAUCCUGGCGCAUCUCUUCAACCUCGUGCACGAAUCAUCCAACGUGAUAAUCAAUGACUACUUCGAGAAGGAGAACCACCUUAACAUGAACACACUACGCGAAAUAAAAAAAAAAAACAACAUCACAAAUGUAGAUAAUUACCUAUUCAAUGUGGUACAGGAAAGCGAGUUUUUAUUGAAGCAUAGGAAGACUGCCCAUUUCUGUGAAGCUAUGUUGGUUUUUCUCUUUAGGAAGAUAACUUUUUCCGGAGAACAUACCCCAGGGAAACAACAUCUGUCACAGUUGGAAACGCAAGAUUGUAACCAUGUGGUGAAUAUGCUGCUACACUACUCGGAGUAUGACGAGGAGAAGGACGACACACAAAGGGACAAUUACACGUACGAAAAGAAUAGGAAUAAUAAAAACAAUAGAAAUAAUAAAAAUAAAAGAAAUGAAAAAGACCAGGAAGACAUCUUAACAUGGCUGAUACGCGCCAUGCAGGAAAAAAACGCCAAUUCUUACUUGUUCCAUUAUAUGGAUCACUUUGCUGAAGUGACGCUAAACGGAAGGGGAGAAAAUCGCUCGGCGGAGGGAACAUCCGAGGAGGACGCUGAGCAGGAGAAUUUCAUCUCAAUUAUAAACUUGCCACAAAAUGAAGAAAUUAAAAAAAUAUUUAUCCAUGUCCUGUACACAUAUGCCAAAACUUUGCUCAUAAUAAGUAGCAACCCCGCUGGCGAAGCCCACAAAAAACGGCAGCGUGUGUACUACGAGCAGUACUGCGUGGAGAGGAGCGAACGGGCAAAGGACAACCUUUCAGGGGAGGGGGACAACGGGGGGACUGCCCCUAACGAUCAGAUCUACGACAAUUUCGAGUGCCACAAGAAUUUCGACUCAUACGAGAAGUACCUGGACGCAGAAAAUGCGGACGCCUGCAUUUCGUGCCUGUCAGCCUACGUUGAACUCACCAAUUUUGAAAACACCGAAAGCAUUUUCACCUUAGCCCUGGCGUACCUAAACAUCCACAAGUAUGCCGAGGCGGAGAAAUUAGCUAGCUAUUUGAUAGAAAUCCUGAAGAGGAAAAAAUGCCACAGGGCAAAAAAAGGAGCACCUCCCUCUUCGUUUUCUUCUUCUCCUUCUCCUGCUGCCUCCCCCCCGGGGGAACCGCCAGCCGAAGAACCCCCCAUGGACAUGAAAAAGUUGCACCUGUACAGCUCAUUUAGCCAAACCCACGUAGACAUCACUGUAGAGAUUUGCGUCUACAUAAAAGCCUUGUGCUUCUUCUUCCAGCGGAACUAUGUGCACUACUACAUUAAUAUGAGUAUCCUGAUGAGCGCCAACGAAAAUGAGCUGCGAGUGGAGGUUGAGAGGAGUGGCUCUGCGUUGGGGGGUCAUACGAGGGGAAACGACCCCAGCGGAAAAAGUGCAAAAUGUGAGGAGAGUGAAAGGAAAGAUAAGACGAGGCCCUCCCGCAAUAGCGGCAGCGUCAACAAUGUCGGGGGGUUGUCAUCUAUCCCAGAUGAUGCGAGUGACGAGGCGGGAGGAGCCCAAGAAAAAAGUACGAAAGGGGGAGAAGACACACCCCAAGGGGACCCCAAAUGUAACGCAAAUGGCUUGAAUGACCAACCUACAACAGACAAGGAGGAGCCAGAACAGAAAAAAGAACAGGAAGGCGCAGAAGCGAAAGGAAGACGGGACAGUCAAAGAGAACAACCAACCCUAGGGGGACAUCAAACCAUGGAGAAUUGUUCCGAGACGAACUUGUACAAGGACAUCCCAGCGAAGGACACCUUCAUGCUAUUGUUUCUGAUUCACUGCACCAAAUUGAACUUACUAAAUGUCGUGAUGUUCAUUCACGAAAAUCGGCGCAAGUUUCUAACUCAGUCAUCCUUGGACACGCCUGUGUACAGGCAGCUCAUCAUCCGUGCGUUCUUUGCUGUGGGAGAAUUCGCCAAAUGUAUGGAACUCAUAGACGACACGAGUGAGCACCUGAGCAACCUGGACGUCCUGUACAUUUAUGCGCAGAGUGCAUAUAAGCUCGGCGACUACCCGAAGUGUGUAUCCCUUCUGAAGAGAUAUCUGCCUCUGUGUAGAUUAAGCAACGUCCGCGUAAAGAUGCACCUGCAGUUGAGUAAAAUUUACCUCUCGUUUGGCAAAUUUGAAGACAGCAAAACGGAGAUAAAGAAUUCACAACAGGUGUGCACGACUAGCUAUUCCUAUCUCUACUUGGCUUCUUACUAUUUGAAGAGAAGAAAAUACCUGCAGGCGUACAGGCUGCUAUACAAGUCCAACGAAAUGAACCUCUUCAAUCACAAAUUGUGGGCAUAUCUAUGCAUGGCCUUUUUGCACCUCGGGAUGCGGGACCAAGCUGAUAAAUGUUUAGGGAACUUUAUAAAAAUGAAGAAAUACAACAAGGCGAUUAUUUCCGAAAUGGUAGAGUCAUACAAAGAGGUUGGAUAUGUGGAGGGAGGGCAGGUGUUGUCAACUCUGCAGGCAGGGGGAAGCUGA